UUACAUCAUCACUUCCUUGUGUUGCGGCAGCCAUAUUGGCAUGGGGGAUAGAUGACAAUUUCACCUUAGCCGAAGAGCUACAUUUUUGUUAUUUUUGAAAGUUUAUCAAGUGCGUAUUCACUCUGAACUAAAGGGAUAUCAAUAUAUCACCACAAUUUGACCCUGGUCGAUCCCGUGGAGGGCGUUGAAAGAGAUGAGCAACAACUUAAACAAGAGGGCCCCAACAACAGCAACACAGCGGUUAAAACAGGACUACCUCCGCAUCAAGAAAGAUCCAGUUCCGUAUAUCUGUGCUGAACCUCUGCCCUCCAACAUCUUGGAAUGGCAUUAUCUAGUACGUGGCCCUGAGAAAACUCCAUAUGAAGGGGGUUACUAUCAUGGCAAACUGAUUUUCCCAAGGGAAUUUCCCUUCAAACCACCUAGCAUAUACAUGAUCACACCCAACGGCAGAUUUAAAUGUAAUACAAGGUUGUGUCUUUCCAUCACAGAUUUUCACCCUGACACGUGGAACCCUGCGUGGUCUGUAUCCACCAUCUUAACCGGCCUCCUGAGCUUCAUGGUUGAAAAAGGCCCGACUCUCGGCAGUAUCGAAACCUCUGACUUCACAAAAAGACAGUUGGCCUCCCAGAGUCUUGCAUUCAACAUCAAGGACAAAGUCUUCUGUGAACUGUUUCCAGAUGUUGUUGAAGAAAUCAAGCAGAAGCAGCGUAUGCAGGAAGAGCUCAGGUCUCGCUCACAGGCGCUGCCCCUCCCUGACGUGGUGCCGGAUGGCGAAGCCCAUCACGCUCAAAACGGCCACCUGCCCCUGAACGGGCACCUGCCCCCGGGUGCGGCACACCCGCCCGACCUCCAGCAGGUCAACCGUAACCAUGGACUCCUGGGUGGAGCGCUCGCUAAUUUGUUCGUCAUUGUAGGCUUCGCCGCUUUCGCCUACACGGUCAAGUAUGUUCUGCGGAGCAUCGCGCAGGAAUGAAUCGCCCAAUGAGAACCAUCGACAGGACAGACGAAAGGCUGGUGCUGUUCUCACGACCAAAUAAAACGAAGCAGUGUCCUGUUAAUGAAAUUGAGAGCUUGGUGAUUUCCUCCAUAGUGGUGACAACCAGAUCUCGUGUAACACGGCCACUUAAAGGUCAAGGUCACAUGAACGGAUGGCUUUAUUAAUAUGUAAGGAAAUAAAAAAAAAAGAGCAAAUUUUCUACCUUACACAGUUCCCAAAGGAAGCCAACUUCAUGUGACCAUGAAAUUAACCAGAGUGGGCUUUUUUUUUAAGGCCUGAAUCAGCAUUUGUUGUUUUACAUGUUUCUCAUUGAUCUGUAAGAUUUUAAAAUCUGCGCAUAUAGUAUGCUGGGUUUUUAUGUGGAAGAUUAAAAGAGAAAAAAAGUCAGAACAUUCCUCAAAAGCGAAAGGAAAAAAACGUUCUGAUGCGUGUCGCACCACUUAUUGCUGUGACGCAAAUCCCAGAGUAUUUUAUGUAAUGGAAAUGGCUCGACUGUAAACAUGCUUUACCGAUGGAAACUUGUUUUUAAAUGCAUUUGUGCUCGCUUACGCUAUGCCAACCGUAACAACAAGUUAGGCCGGGGAAGAAGCGGUGUGAAAUGAAUUAUUUGUCUUCUGUUUGUCUGUGAUGCGGCGCUCCAAGUGUACAUUAACUUUCUUUCAGAGGGGAGUCACUGUCGGCUGAGAGAAAAGUAUAUGAACUCAUUUUUUUUUAGGCCAUGCAACACUAUAAAUUGUUUUUGUGCAAUAUGUAGGAUUGUCAGCACUACUUGGCUUUCACAAUACACAGCACUUCUUUUGUUUCCAAGGGUUGUGAUUUUAUGCAAUAAUUCUUAAUAAAUUGAAAAAUCCAUUUAAUUCUUGUUAUAAACAUAGGCAGGUGAAUAUGCAUUUAAUUCUUACAUUUCCUGUUAUACUGUAAGAUCUUUGGUGGUUUUUAUUAGGAAAAGUACCUCGGGUUGCACAAGUAAUUCACAAUGAAGACUUGCUAGUCAAAGUCUAGUUUGCGGAGACCUACCAACCUGCACGGCAAAACAUCUCUUUCUGGGUCAGAACGGCCGUGUCGCUGCUCAUUCUGACUCGGGAGGGAGUUAAUACUCAUUAUUGUACCAGUAUGUUCUGGUCUCCCCCAAUUCAAGUGUUCUGAUGUCCCGAUAGUAGCAGUAAUACGUUUUUCAGCACCUCCAUGGACACUGUUGAUCGAUAUCCUUUCCUUUAGAGGGGCGUGUAAUCAGAGAUAGUCAUGUUGUGUUUACAUUUUGAAUAAAUAAUAUUCUAUUAAAGAAAGCGGUCG